CGCCAGAAAAACCACCUUAACUCCAUUUCCACUCUCCAACAGCGCUCGCUCACGAAGCAGCAGAAGACGCAGAAAAGAAGGAUGGAAUACAAGGACAAAUUAAAAAUCGCAGCAUUGACCAUCGCUUCUCUAGCAGCACUCUCUUCUGUUAUUUUCCUAGUAACCUCCUCCUCCAAGCAUUACCGCCGGAGACGACGAAAGCAGCAGCAGCAGCAAAAACAAAGCUCAUCGUGCUACUUACAAUCCCACCAGAAACCACAGCUUUCUUUCAAACGCGUCUUGCUUGAUAACUCCUUCUCUCAAUUCAAGCACUUAAAUCUCCAUGCAGCGAGCUCAUCGAAUUUGCAUCCAUAUGAAGCGGAGAUUAAAGCUUUGAUAGAAAAUCCUGAGUCGUUCGAAGACUGUUAUAGUGAUCAUCAGAAAAUGAGUGAAUUUUUCUCUUAUGUUUGGAUCGAGACGGAAACUCAAUUGAAAGACUUAGCUCAUACAUUGAGCAAACACAAGGUUUUUGCUGUCGAUACGGAGCAGCAUAGCCUCCGCUCUUUUCUCGGUUUCACUGCUCUAAUUCAGAUAUCUACUCGAAACGAAGAUUAUUUGGUGGAUACGAUUGCAUUACAUGAUGUAAUGGGUGUUCUUGCCCCUGUUUUCGCUGAUCCAACUAUUUGUAAGGUGUUUCACGGGGCAGAUAACGAUGUUCUCUGGCUGCAGAGAGACUUCCAUAUAUAUGUUGUUAAUUUGUUUGAUACUGCGAAGGCGUGCGAAGUGUUGUCAAAACCUCAGAAAUCAUUAGCAUACUUGCUUGAAACUUAUUGUGGUGUAGCCACAAACAAAUUGCUACAGCGUGAAGAUUGGAGGCAACGCCCACUAUCAGCAGAAAUGCUAGAGUAUGCUCAAACAGAUGCACACUAUCUACUAUAUAUUGCAGGUUGUUUAAUAGCUGAGCUCAAACUACAGGACAGAGAUAACUCAAACUGUCCCAAUGACAAAUUCGAUUUUGUUCUGGAGGCUAGACGUCGUUCAAACAUGAUUUGUCUUCAACUCUAUGCUAAAGAGGUUGAAGCGUUUCCUGGUGAGUCUGCUGCAUCAUCAAUUUUUUCCCGUCAUUUGAAUGGUCAAAGAGGGUCAUCAAUUUCAUAUGAGACACAGGAUCUUGUGAGAUGUUUUUGCACAUGGAGGGAUCUAAUGGCUCGUGUUCAUGAUGAGAGCUUGAGAUAUGUGUUAUCAGAUCAGGCUAUUGUCUCUCUUGCAGUCAAAGUUCCCACAACUCCUGAAGAAAUAUUUGACACCAUAGCAGAAGCUGAUUUGAAUGUGGAAAAUGUGAAUUUAAAUUCUUCUCUCCCAUCUCCAUCCCCUGUUGUUUGCAGUCAUUUGGAUGAUCUCUAUUACUUGAUCAAGGACAAAAAAAGCAACGCUGAUGAAGUUCUCCUUCAAAUUCUUCAAAAUUGCCUGGGUCCCAAUGGGAGUUGUCCAUUGUCUGUUUAUAACUAUGCAUUACUGAUUAACUGUGACCUAAUAAUGAAAAAUAGAUUAGUUUCCAAACAGAGUCCGGUUAUAAAUUCAAAGCAAGUUGCUCGGAAGGCUUCAAGAGAACUAUUUGUUCAAAAGUUCUCCUGUAAAUCUCCAGUGUAUCAUAACUGUAGGAUCUAUGCAAAUGAUGGGCGGUUGCUUUGUUAUUGUGAUCGGAGAAAGCUUGAAUGGUAUCUCCGUCGAGAUCUGGCAAAACUUGUUGAUGAUGAUGCUCUUGCCAUAAUGCUUCUUUUUGAACCAAAAGGUCUUCCAGAGGAUGAAGGGAAUGAUUUUUAUAUCCAAAGUAAGAAAAAUAUAUGUGUUGGCUGUGGUGAAGGAAGUCAUUACUUGCGCUAUCGAAUAAUCCCCUCUUGUUAUAGAAUGCACUUCCCUGAGCAUUUGAAAAGUCAUCGUUCUCAUGAUAUUGUCCUCCUUUGUGUGGACUGCCAUGAACUUGCUCAUGCUGCUGCUGAAAAGUACAAAAAACAGGUUGCUAAAGAAUUUGGAAUUCCACUUUUCGUUCGUAAAGUAGUUGAUUCUAAAGAAAUUCCAGUUAUAAGUGAGUCAUCUUCAUCAGUAAUGAAUGUUGAGGAGACAGGGGUAUCUCCAUUACAUUUGCGCACAGCUGCUAUGGCUCUUUUACGCCAUGGACAAAGAAUGCCACUCAAGCGCCGUGAAGAACUGACACAGAUUGUGAUGCAAUAUUAUGGAGGAAGGGAGAUAUCCGAGGAAGAUUUGGAAAGAGCUCUGCUGGUUGGCAUGAGUCCUCAUGAAAGAAGGCGAUUUGAGAAGAAGAGAAGGUUUUCAUCAAAACAUUCUACUGAGGUUAUCCUUUUGGACAAAGAACAGAUGGGUGCAGCUUAUACCAUGGCUGUAUCUGCCACCGGAAAUUCACUGGAAAAGGCUGUUACUAAAGAUGGUUUAGAAACUACUGAAAUGGAAUCAACAGGUACAAAAGAACUAGACUACUUCAUGGUAAAAGAUACUAUUUCUAACAAGGAAAUGAAUUCAGAUGAAAAUGAAGCUUCUGAUACAAAAGAUGAAUAUGCUGGAAUCGAUGAUGAUAAUUGCGAAGGAGGCCCCUCAAAUGGAACAGCUAGAAAUGAUGAAAGUGCUCCACAUAAAAAUAAUUCGAAAUUAUCUCUGUUAGGACAUGGACCACACGGAAAACAAGUUGUGGAUCAUAUAUUAGAGGAAUAUGGUGAGGAUGGCAUUCGGCAAUUUUGUCAGAGAUGGAGACAAGUUUUUGUUGAAGCAGUUCAUCCUCGUUUCUUACCUGCCGGCUGGGAUGUAAUGCACAGUGGCAGAAGAGACUUUGGUGAAUUUAGCGUGUACAAUCCUACCAAUAAAGCACCUGCUGCUGACACCUGAACAGAUUCCCCAUCGGCUGUAGAAUACCAACAAUGAAAGUAGAAGCUUCCUGUGGGUAUCAAAUUUUCUUCCCCAAAUUCGUAUUUUCAUUUGUUGAUCAGAAUUAAAUUUCUAUUCUUUCAUUUCUUGUUGCCAUUGACAUGGUAUAAAACUAGAUGCAAUAAAAACCAUUUUUAAUUUCCUUUCUA